AUGAUCUUCAAAAGAAAGUCGAUGUGGCUUCUAAAAAUUAUGACUGCUGACUGCGAAUGGAAUCAUGAAUUUCGCAUACAAAAUGAAAUUAUUCGACGUCUUAAGGAUACCGAUACCUCAAAUCUUCUUUUAUAUCAGAAUACUUUCUCUCUACGAGGUCGUGAUUGCGAUCGCGAUCAUUGCGUCCUUGUCUUCCCCGUGCGGGGUCCCAGUCUAAGCUCACCUCACACAGACAGAAUGUCGAUGGCUGCUCGCAUGUCCGCUGCCAAGCAGCUGUUAAAGGCCCUAGAGUCUCUCCACGGGUGCGGAAUUAUUCAUGGGGACGUGAGCGGUGGGAAUGUUUUGUGGGAUAUGGUCCCUCUGGACAAGUACAGCACGGCUACGAAAUACAAAUAUCUCGGUCGACCCGAAAAGGCAGCUCUACGACCCGGAGCUUGGAAAACCGGAGAGCUUGUCAAUGAAGAAAAGAUACCUCAAUCUUUGCUGAGAGCAAAAGUAUAUCUCAGUGACUUUGGCUUUGCAACAGAUGCCAAUAAUCAGAUCAUGAAUAAGUGGCGGCCGACCUGGGGAUACUGUGCUCCUGAAAGAAUGCAUAAGUUUCCAGUCAGCUUUGCCGGUGAUAUGUGGGGUUAUAUGUGUAUCUUUAUGAGCUUAUAUUUUCGACAUUCGAUAUUUGAUCGGGGCCUUGAUGCCAUAGUUACUGCUCUUGGCCCGAUGCCUAAGGAGUGGAAAGGCUUAAAAGAGAAACCAGAAGACGAGUGGUAUGAUCAGAAUAUGAGAGUUGAUACUAAGGAAAUAUAG